AUGAAGAUAAACCAAUUCUUGGAUAAGGAGUACUAACCAUUGUAAACCUUGAAAAAGAAAAUCAUACAGUCAAGUUAUAAAAUUUUACAAGAGCAUUUACUAGUAAAUAAUAAAUUCUUAACCUUCACUUUUUAAUUAGAACAUAUAAGCUAUAACCAUGGAACUUUGAUCGAAGCUACUGACUAUUAAUUUCAAGCAAUUUAUCUGGAUGAGGCGUUGUUCAAUAAUGUUUCUACUUCAAUUGAUGCCAAAAAUUUAAAAAUCAAGACUGUAUCUACAGAGGUUAAAAUCUAAGCUCUAUUGACUCAUAUGAAUUGUAGAAAUAUGAACUUUCAAUAUAUAUGCUUUGAAACUGAUGAUGCCAUUUUGGAUUUUAAUAGAGUAUAUUUCACAAAUCUCGAUGCAGAGGAUGAUGCUCUAUUUACUUACUCUUUUGAAUAAACUGUAGAGAUUAAUCAUAGAGGAACAUGCAUUAAUGAUCCAAUUGUUAAGAUAGUUAUGGUGUUUGUUAACGGCUAUAACUACUCCAUUGUUUAAAGAGCUUCCGGGGGAGUUGACCUUUAUUGGAAUCUAAGAUUGAAGGAUUCAAUUGAAAAUAGUAUUACUUCAUACUUUGAUCACAAAUCAAAUUCAAAUAUUUCUUUUGAUUAAGCAGUAGAAAUCUCUAAUGAUUAACUCAAUUUCGAUCAAAUUCAUGUUAGAAUUGUUCAAAAUAUAGUAAAAAUCUACUCAGGAAUGAACAUGGUGUAUCUAAAAGACAAAGGGUAAACUCUUUAUCUCAUUUCUCAUGGCAAAUUUCUCUCGAUUUUCGAUAUUGAAGAUUGGAUCUGGAUUAAUCAUUUGUAAUUUGAGGAAGAAAUUUCUGCAAUUUAUAAGAAUUAAGUUUAAAUAAAUGAAUAUGAAGAAUAAGAUGAGAAUAAAAUUCUAGAAUAAGAUUCUGACGUUAACUAUGUCCCAGAUUUCUAAGUCAUUUUGACAAAUGGAGAUAUACACUAGAAGAUUCUUGAUAUUUUCCAGUAAAAUUCUAUAGUUUCAUCAGAAAGAUGUAAUAUCAGAUUAAAAGGAAAAAUUUUGAGACUUACUGAUGAUAUUGUCAAGAAUCGCAGCAUUUUUAUAGUUAUCCAACAAGAAAACUAAGACAUCUGCUUAAAGUAGUUACUUCAUUAACUUAAUGGAGGUGAUACUGUUACAGGAACCAUUCACACAAUUUCUUCAUAUGAUAUAGAGAAUCAUCUCAUCAUGGUGGAUGAAUUAAAUAUGUAUGUUUACAAAAUUUAGGAAGCAACUUGGUAAAUUUACGAAAAUUAGUAUUGUACAGGACUAUCUUACUUCGAUAAAAAUACUAGCUAUAUGAUUUGCUAGUAAGACCCUAGUUCAUAAAACCCUGGAUUAAGGAUGCUUGAUAUGGAAGCAUUAAUAACAAAAGAUCGCCUAGUAGUCCCACUUCUUAAAGAUGUUCAAAUUGGUGCAAGAGUAAAUUUUUAUUAUGAUACUGGAUUCAAUCGACUUAGCUGUCAAGACAAUACUAAUUACUUAUGCUAUAAAAUAAUUGGAGAUAAAUUUAUUGCUCUACAAGCAAAUGGUCUGUUAUAAUCUUGGGAUAUGGUUUCAGCAAAGCUUCAUGAGAAGAAGCAACUAGUUAAUGUUGAUUAUAGUGGUUACGAAAUAAGUCAAUAUGAUCAAAUGGGUGCUGUAUUGCUAUAAUCAAAAGAAAACAUAUCAUUAUAAAAUUCUGAUUAGUUCUUUGAGGCUUGGCAGUUGAAAACAACUUUAAAAUAUCAGAAACCUCAAUGCAAGUCUGAUAAUUUUGCAAUUAAAAACUUCAAACUAAUUGAAAUAAAAAGCACUAAUGAGAUUAUUGAAUAUCUCAAUUUUGACUUUCUAAAGUAUGAUAUGUUUUAGAUAAUGACUGUCAGUAAAAAUAAGGAAAGACUAUUUACUUAGUUUAUAAAUUACAGAUUUGAGCUUAUUAGAAAAGUAAUGGAUUUUCCUUCAGAAUUCGUCAUUAAUAGCUAAAAUUACUGGCGUUAAUACUUUUCUCCAAACUUUUAAAGAUAAAUAACAAUGGAUAAAUAAAAAACCAAAUUUUUUAUAUCAGAUUUCACAACUGGACAAGUGCUCUUUGAAAUUCCUCAAGAUAUUAUGGAUCUAACUUCUGAUGAAGAAAACUUUAAAAUAGUCAGUGAAGAUGGCAUUGAAAAAAUUCUGCAUAUUGACAGUGGAUUUACAGAAAUUUCUUAUAACUAAAUUCCUUUAUUUAAUGAAAUAAAUGGAGAUGAAUAUUUUGAUGAGGUCUACUACCUAUCAAGAUAGACUUUUCCUUGGUCAGUUGAAUAAUUACUUCAAUAUACCUAUCAAAAUUAUAAAGGAUUGUACAAUUUAGAGUGCAAAUAGUCAUAAGAGCAAAUGAUUCCUUUGAUGUUCAUAACAGAUUAAGCUUAUAGCAAAAGAUCCAUUGCUCCAUUUACUUUUGCUCAUUGGAGCUUAAUCGAAUAACUUUAGUAAGGAAAGCUCAAAGUUGAAGAGCUGCAAGAAAAUGUUGUAAGAGAAAUACUUUACAAUAUUCUUCCUGGUGGUAAUACUGUUCUGCAUUUACUAUGUGAUUAGCAUGAAGAAUUAACUAAAUUGCUCUACUUAGCUCAUCCUUAAGGAAAGGAAAUAAAAUUUCAUAUGCCUUUCAUUUCAAAUUUAGAUGGGGAAUCUCCAAUACAUAUCUGCCUUAAAAAAUAAGCUUUCAAAAGCAUAGAUAUUUUGCUAAAUUGUCUAAGUUUAUACCCUACUGAUCAUCAUUCAAGAACAAUUAAAGAUCUCUAUCCAAAUUUAAUAGAACAAUAGCCUAAAAAUUUCUUAAACUAUUUAGAUUCAAGAAUUCAGCAAACUAGGUAAUUAGAACAGUUUAACAAAGGAGCAUUGAAAGAAGAUUAUCCUGAAAUUAUUAUUGAUGAUCUUUGGCUCAAUCAAUAAGACCUUAAGUAACAAAUUUUAACAACAGGAGCUAUUGAAUCAAGGAUCAAAUGUGAAAUUCUUGACAUGCCAGGGAUUUACCACAUGAAAGAUUAGCAUUUUGAUUCUUUAUUUGAGCAAUUAUCUAAGACUGAUUAAUUAGAUUACUUUAAUAGGAGAGCUUUAGGUUUACUACCCAUUGCUGAUCUUAAAUGCAAUUAUGGCAACAUAUUUCUUGUCAAAUGA